UUCUCAUGGAUAAAGAGAAGGAGAUCGAUCAUCCAUACUUGAAGGUAUACAACAUGUCUCGAAUCCUUAGAUAUUAGAAGAAGAAUUAUUCGCUUCAAGAUGUAGUCCAAAAGCAACCUCUAAUUUUUUAGCCCACAUGCAUCUUCUUAUAGAGCAAGCUCCCCAUGAACAUAUAAAAAGAGGUACAGGGAAAGCAGCCUAUGUAUCUUACAAGAAUUUCAAGAAACGAAAACCAAAACAAAACAAGUUAGCAAUUGAGCAUCAAUGGCUGGAACUGCUGUUAAUACCUUGUACGAGGAUUUUGAGCCCUUCUGCAAGUGGCAGAGAGAUCAAGGACGUGACACUCUUGAGGUUCAUCUCCAAGGCUUCAAGAAGGAUCAAUUGAAAAUUCAACUGAGCAAUCUUGGAGUCAUUGCAAUUACAGGGGAACGUCCUUUAGAAGAGAACAAAAUCAGUCGCUUUCGUAAAGAAAUAAGGCUUAGAAAAGAUUCUUACAAAAAAAACGAAAUUCAUGCAAGACUGACUGGUGGUAUUCUUUGUAUGGUUCUUCCAAAGAAAACGCCAUUAUCAUCUUCUACUCAAGAUCAGCCAACAUCAUUGCCACCCCCGAAAAAUCAAGAAGAUGAAAAAAGCUCGAAUAAGGAUAGAGAAAAUGCUGUAUGUAGGCUGCGGAAUUUAGUUUUGAAUAAGCUUCAAAUAUUGACGAGCAAGAAGAACAUGGGUAGGAAUGUUGCAGUAGCAGUUGCUCUAGUGAUGGUUCUUGGCGCAUUUCUGGUGUACAAAUAUGGGCACCCCUUUCAAUCUCAUGUUGAAAACUAAAUGUUGCUAUGGAUUAUUUUCUUAAGUUGUUACACUCUUCUGUACCUCUUUGCUACUAUUUCUAUAAAACUGUUUCGAAAUGUUGAUCAAGAAUAUAUUGUGGGUUGAACUGGAAAUUAUAAGAA